AACACCACCGGGAGUUUCCAAAAAUCACAUUCACUAUACUAAGCCGAACAAUGGUUAACAUGAGCUAUCACCAAUCUCAACUAAAAUAUAUACAUACUCCGAACCCAAGACAGUCAAGAAAGCGAAAUAAUAAAAGAAAAAGGACUUGUUGGGACAAAUUAUCACCAACAACCAAUUGCCAGACUUGAUUAUAAGAGACUUUCAAAAGGUCCAGUGUGUACCAGCGUGUGGCUGUGAAAGACUAUCUGUGCGACUGAGUGACAGAGAUGACUACCGAGUGGCUUCACCUGCCCCCUCCGUACCCCCCUGGUGUGGGGCCGCUGUGUGGUGCAGAGUUGGAGGCGUGGUAUGAGGACCUGCAGGAUAUACUGGGAUCAGACACGGGUGGGGCCAAGCUGACUCGCGCCCCUCCCUGCUCAGAGAAAGAGACAGAGUUCCUGGAUGUCCUGGAGAGCUGUUCCUUGACAUGGCUGACGGACGGGGUGGGGGUGGGGGUUGGAGGGCAGGCAUGGGGUGGAGGAGAGGGUGUCCAGAGGGUCACAAUUCCGGAGGAGCCUCCUACCCAUCCGCCCCCCUCCUCCACCGCCUUGUGUCUGAAUCCCGCUGAGGAGAGGACGGAGAGGCCUAGGGACAGAGAGGGAGGGAGAGAUGGAGAGGGAGGUUCGGGAGGAGGGGACCUGUUACCCCCAGAGUUCUUUGAGCUGCUGAGUGAGGGAGGGUUGGGAAUGGUGGACAGUAGCUACCAUCAUCAUCAUUCCAACAAUGUCCAACAGCCUGCGUCUCCCUCCACUAGCGAGGAGGAUGAACACCCAUGUGUCCCCGACUCACCCUCCUGCUCCUCCUCCGCCGCCUCUCCUUCCCCCUCUCUCAACUGCUCUCCUCCUUCCUCUCCUGUCUCCUCUCUUACUAGCACCGCUUUCUCAUUGUCUCGGCUGGGCAAACGCAAGAGAGGCAACUCUCUGUCCUUCCCUUCCACCGGUUCGCGCUCAUCCUCUUCCUCUUCUGCGAAGAAGAGCAGGAGAGAGAGGGAGCAGGAGAACGAGAGGAAGGUGCAGGAGCUGACGGACCAGAACGAGAGGUUAAAAGCAGAGAUAGACAGACUGGGAGAGGAGGUGCAGAGGACACGCAGAGCCCUGAUAGAGAGACUAGUUAACACCAAGAAGUGAAGGAAGAAAAGCAAGGAGGAGAGCGGGAUGAGAGGUAGCAGGAUGAUAGAAGUAACACAAGGCAGAAUAUAAACAUUUGGAAUAGCAGGUUUGCGGUGAAAGGUGAACAUUGGGGUGACUAUGAAAUGCAUUUCUAGAUGAUGGUUAGAAAGAAACCAAAUUAUAAGUUUCUUCAACACUGUAUGAGAGAGAGAGAGAGAGAGAGAAAGAAGGAAAGUUAGAAAGAAAGAUGAAAGAGCAAGUCAAAGGAAAACCAUGGAGAGAAGGAACUGCAGCAUUGCGGCAAAUGUAGAGAGAUAGACAGCAUGUAAAGGAAAU